AUGGAAACCGGUGGUGAUGGCGGUCGGAGCGCCGGUAAUACGGAAUCACCGAAGAGAUCCGGAUCGAACAGGUUACUUUUUGACGUAAUAGGUGACGACCCAACGUAUGAAUAUGGCAAGGACAGUAAAAUGAGCUGGCGGCAUUUAAGGGAGAAGCUCCGCCUCCGCCGCAGUCGCUCCGGCUCCGCCUGGACAUCCACCAUGCACAUCCCCACCUCCGACGUCCCCAUCAAUCCUCGGCAGCACGCCAAUGAUACGAGUAGUAAUCGGAAUCGGUUGAUGGCGCGUCGUGCCUCGACCCGAUUCUCCUCCAACUCGGGCGAGUCGGCUCCACCGGAUAUUUCGGCAGUGCCGGAUGUGGACAUGGAAUUGAUGUCAAAUCGAGGAAACAGGACUCCGAGUUUGCAGAGAAAUGUGAGCCAGACAGUGGAGAGAAAUAUGAGACGAGCAAUGGAGAGAAAAAUGAGCAGAGCUAGCGGAAAAUUUGAGCACACGAAUUCUUUAACAAUGAGAAGAUCAAGGGGUCUAGAUGGACAUGAAGAUGACGAUUCUGAUCAAACUCCCAUUUCUGCGAAGGGCGAAAGCAAAAAUGAAGAUGAGAACGAUGAUGGGGGAGGAGCGGAGGAGAAGCCCGUGAGGAUGUCUUUGAUGGACCUUCUGGCCGAGACAGAAGGAUCCGCUUAUGUGAUGGAAGAGGACGAGGAUGAUGACGAUGAAGAUGAGGAUGACGACCGCGGUGGCGGUGGUGGAGAGUACAACAAUUGUAGCAUAUGCAUGGUUAGACACAAGGGAGCAGCAUUUAUACAUUGUGGACAUACAUUUUGCAGGCUAUGUUCAAGGGAGCUUUGUUUUCAAAAAGGGAAUUGCCCACUCUGCAACAAUUACAUCUUGGAAAUUCUUGAUAUUUUCUGA